CCGGGUCGCAGUGAGGUCAGUCACGCGUGGCAGUAAGGUCUUAACCUGGAUAAGCUGGUUGCUAUUCUAGUUUAUCUUGCACGCGUGCUUGUAUAUCGCCGCUCUGUACUUUGCGCUAUGGUUGUCGAGUGGAUGGAUCUCCAGCGCGGCAGCUUGGCGAGUCUCGAUUUGUUUUUAUUAAGGCAUCUUGUCGCUCCAGGUUCUGCUUGUGACACGCACAAUAUUUUUCACUCCUUUGAAAACUUCAAGCUCAUCUUUUUGUGCGGUUGCUCUAUCUGUAGACAGCACGAAAUCUUCUAGAUUGACAAUACUGUCGAAAUGUAUUUCACCUAUGGUCUCGCGGCUUUGGCCGGCCUUGCUCAAGCAUGGCCAACGUCAGAAUCACAGCAUCUAGCGCCUCGCGCUGUGAGCUACGUGGACUCGGAAACAGGCUUCACAUUCUCCGAGACCAAGGCAGCUGCAACACUCAGCUCCAACAUCAUCUACCGCAUAGCGCAACCUGCCAAUGUUCCAGCAGGUCAGCCCUACGACGUAGUGCUCCAAGUUGUUGCGCCCAACUCUCUCGGCUGGGUCGGUCUUGCCUGGGGCGGUAGUAUGAUCCGUAACCCUCUCACAGUCGCAUAUCCUAACGGCCAAAAACCCACUGUAUCUUCACGAUGGGCCACCGGCCACUCCACGCCUCAACAAUAUCCCUCUGCAACUUAUACGCCUUUGACCACUGGCAACAAGUCAAACAACACACACUGGCAAUACACCGUCAAAUGUACUGGCUGCACUACGUACACCGGCUCAUCCGGUACUGUACGCGUUGAUCCCAGCGGUAGCAAACGUCUUGGUUUUGCCUGCGCGCAGGGAAAAGUGUCGAACCCGUCUUCGACUAGCGCAACGAUUCCGGUGCAUGAUGUGUACAACUACAUCACGCAUGACUUCUCCGCGGGUGCAAACCAGAAUUUUCAAGCUUUGUUGAGCAAGAACGGGGUUGCGAGCACGGGAGAGACAGGGAAUAUCACAGGGAAAAUUUAGAUUUGCGUAUCGUAUAAGCUGUAGACUGACAGGGAGGGGCUAAAUGGGGGUUUUGUAGAUAUCUUUGCGUCUUCCUUGAAUAUAUUUGACAUAGCACAAGUCCAUGUGUUUUUUGGAAGUUGCUUGAUGCUGCGCUAUGAACUUCUGGUUUUCACAUGUUAGAGCUCUGGGGAGAAGCUUCCCCGGUGU